GCUUUGGGCCGCAAAGCUCGUUGAUGAAGCUUGUGGAAGAGAAGUUGUGUUGCUCUGUCUACGGUGCCAUAUUUGUGGAGAAGUUGCUUCAAAGCCAAGCCAUUGCCGACGCGGCAAGAGCGGCGUCACAUGCAUCUGACGGUGUCGGGGCAUCAAGCGGAACGAAACGCCCCCGUGUUCCUGACUUGGCUGCAACUGAGAAGCCAGCAAAGGCACCGAAGGCAAAAGCCAAGGGAAAAUCAAAGGCAAAAGCCAAGUCGAAAGCAAAGGCCAAAGCUGCAGCCGGGCCUCUUGCAGAUGGUGAGGCAGCAACAUUGCAGGACGACAUCGAGAUGGACGACGACGACUUUGGUGGAGACGGUAUGACACGUGCACGAUUGUGGCUGGACGACUUGAUGGGUUGUCUGGCACGAUGUUUGCCAGACGGGCCACUGAAGCAAGUCGACAUUUGUCGGCAAAGCGACAACAAGCAGCUCAAGGACGCCAGUGAAGCGCUUUCACAGUGCCUCAGUCUUGGGCUUGAGUUCGCUCUGAACUGCAAGGUCACCAUCAAUCGCAAAACCUUUGCACUAUGGUCAAAGUUGCGGCCUGUCCUGCAGGCUCAUCUCAAGAACGUCUUCGCGGCAAAGACAUCGCAGUCUGGUAUUACGGAGGGCAUGAGAAUGGACGCAGUGCUCCAACAGCUGUCAAGGCAAUCGCAAUGGCAGGAUGGUGUUCCGGAGUCGUCGUCUACGUUCGGACACGUGUCCGCAGAAACACUUGCCCGGGACAUUCUGGCCAGCAAGGAUUCGCUGCACAUUGCGAAUGAGUUUCUUCGCAAGAACAAUUCGUCGAACGUGUACAUGCAUCAGUCACUGCGGAAGGCCAUAGCCCAGUUCAAGUCAUCGUUCUGCAGCUGUCGUACUGGCACUGAUACGUGGGACGCAUCAGCCACACGAUGCCAGUACCACAAUGACGUGCAUGCUCUGCCGGAUUUCGUGUCCAGCAUUGCACAGGCGCUGGAAACAGACGACACUGUGCCCGCCCAAGCGUCUCUCGUGGGUACGGCGGCUGUGGUGCUGGCUGCUACGACAACAACGCCGCAACGUCGGGGGCAUGAUGCCUCGCAAUUCUCACCACAGACUGGCAAAAGCCCACGACGACCAAAGGCCAAAGAUGUCAAGGAAGAAUCUGUUUUGGAUUCGUUGCCCAGGGAAGCUGCAUUUCUGCUCAAAGUUCAUGAGGCGGUGGUGGCAGAACCAGUUCCAGAGCACGUGCUGGCAGUCGCUGCAGAUGCCGCAGGCGCAGUACAUGCAAAGGUUGAGAACACCGCCGAGACCAUGCAUGAGAACAAAGGUAGCCUGCCAGAGACGCUUGACAUUCCGACGACUCCGGUGACUCCAGCGGCCAAGACGACGAAGUCCCAGGCGUCAUCAUCACUCAACGAGCAGGCUGUUGAGGCCCUUGUUUGCGCCAAGGUCCGUUACAUGCUUGUCAUGAUGCUGUCUAUGAUGGAGGUGCCGGCCCCGGGCGCAACCUCGAAUGACAAUGGUGAAGGAGAUGACACCCACGCCAAGGCCAAGAAGAACCUGAUCACGUUCGAAGAUCUCGCGGCUACAGGUGCCAAAUGCUUGCGCUUGGUGAUCCAGUACCUUUGUGAGCACGGGACGAACUACAUUAUGGAGAUUGAAACACUGCUCAACUUGAAGCAACGCGAUACGAUCAGCACUCCGGCGGAAGACUCCUGGAGCACGAUCUGGUACAGUGUUUUCAACUUCGCUGUCAAGAAGAUAUUGGCCGACCCAAAGCAGUGUGCGCAACUGCUCAGCCCAGAUGCAACGCUGGCAAAUUCCAAAGUUGCGCUUGCUUCAGUGCUGCCAUCGCCAAACGCAGUUUGUCCCAAGAGCAAGUUUCGCGGGCAGAACGACUCAUCAGGCAGUCGUGGCCAGGCCUUUGGCCCGACUCGGCAACAGAUGGAGAUCAAGGACGAGUCAACACCGACACACGCAGAUGCGAUGAGCACCACCGCGCAGUCGAGCUUGUCGUCCAGCACGCCGCCGGCAUUGUCCGACAUCUACACCAUGCAGGAUGUGAGCUUGGGGAAGAUGUCACGUGACUCAAUCACGGUGCUGGACAUCAUUGCCUUGCGAUGUCUCAUCGAGAAUAACAUCACGGUUAAUGCAUGGAAGUGCUCAUCACAUGUGAUGCUUGGCUUGCUGACGGUUGACGCGAAGGCUUCGAUCAUGCUGACAACAGAGAGCAUUACAGAGGAGCUUGGUAUGCAGCGGGUGUACGCCUUUGGAUCCGUCACUACAGAGCAGGGCCCCAAGACCGUCAAGGUGGCAAGCGUUGUCGUGGAUCAACAGACGAUUAACUUCUGGCUGCAUGAGCAAGGCUUCUCGAAAACGACGAGCCUAGCUCCGUGCGCAGUAUGGAUGUGCAAGGCUGGCUUCGAUGAAGCCAAAGCCAUGUUUAUGACAGGCUUCGACGAGGAGACCUUGAAUUUCCCCGGGGCCGGUGGCAAGAACUUUGCUGUUCACAUGCGGCGGCCAUACAUCUACUUUCGCAGCGAAGCCGCCAAGAAGCUGUCGAAUGUCGAUCCUGCUCGUGCGCCUGAAAUGGUUUUGUGCUCUCGUACCAACUUUGAAGAGGAGAACCAGACCAAAAUUGCGGGCAAGCUGAUCAAGAAGAAAACACAAAACUUGGUCAUGGGUGGUGUCGCUUUCGAACAGCGGCAAGCAGAACAGGCUAGCGGCACCAUGCCAAAGGCAGAGGAAGCGGCGCCAUGCCACGACGAUAUACUUCUGGACAUCAGCCCCACAGUGAUGACCAAGCAGACACGCCACUUGCUCAAGUGA